GAACAGUUCAAACGCGCGGCGUGCGCUUCUCACAGUAGACGGUCUCGCGGACUCAGCUCGAGCGGCGGCAGUGCAGUGUGCAGUGCGAUCAGUGAGUGCUCCAGUGCCGCAGCGACCGCCGCGCCGCCCACACGCAGACACACAGGCGGACCACAGAGGAGGCGGCGGCAGAUGGAUCGGCGGCGCGCAGCGGGGGCGCUGCUCGCGCUGGCCGCGUGUCUCACGUGCGCUAAUGCAGCACCAACGACAAGCAACCAAACGACACUAGAUUUAUACGACUCAGACACAUCAAAUGGCUGCUACUACAACUUCCAGCACUACGGCGAGGGCGACCGCAUCAUGACCAACGAGCCGUGCCUCAACUGCACGUGCCACAACCGCAUGCUCAUGUGCUACCUGCGCGUGUGCCCCUUCACCAAGCCCAUCGGCCAGGACUGCACCGUGGAGAAGCGGGCCGACCAGUGCUGCCCCAUCGUCACCUGCCCGGACGUUCCAGUCGACCUGCUGACGUCGACGACCACGUCUCCGGCGGAGUAUGGCACGACAGGCGUCGGCCGGCUGGACAAGUAUGGGUGCACCAUCAACAACAAGUUCUUCCCGGAAGGCUCCAAGGUGCCGCCGUCGCCCAACAAGCCCUGCGAGCACUGCUACUGCAUCCGCAACAUGACCACGUGUGUGAUGCAGGAGUGUACGCUACAUGUGGACGGAUGCACGCCGAUAUAUCUGAAAGACGUCUGCUGCCCUGUACGAUACUCUUGUGAUCAUGCCGAAGAUGAAAUACCUCUGUUGGAUGACAUGACGACGACCGUGCGUCCGACGCCCGGCUUCCUGCUGACCACCACGACCAUGGCCUCCGCCACGCAGGUGCCCAUGGACUGCGUGCACGACGACCAGAUCUUCCCCGACGGCGCGCUCAUCAAGACGGAGAAGGCGUGUGAACACUGCUACUGCAUGAAGGGAGACAUCGUGUGCGUGGUGCAGGAGUGCGGCACCCCCAUGGAGAACGAGGGCAAGAACUGCUCCUCCAUGCCGCCGCGCGAGGGCCAAUGCUGCCCCGACACCUACAUCUGCGAGGGCGACAACGAACUCCAAACCGACGACAUCACGACAACAUUGAUUCCUCCCAGACGUCCUGGUGUCGAAGGCAGUGGAUACAGAAACGAAGAUCAGUACACUCAACCUCCGAUCAUUGUGCCGGAACCGGAAGGCAGUGGAUUAGAAGGCAGCGGAGUUGAAGGCAGCGGUGACGAAGAAAAGAUGGAUAUUCCAAGUGAAACUGGUGAUAUAGCUACUACAACGGGUAAACCAUUAAUAAUUGAUGAUAGUGAUUUAAUUAUGACAACAGAACGAGCUUCCAUUAAUGAAUCAGUCGAAAAAUCUACUACUGAACCAGACAAAGGAGAAAACACAGUUCCAAGUGAAGAAGAUCACACUACAAGUUCACCAAUAAUUGUUACAACAAUGAGCGAUAGUAUUCCUGAAGAUGAUAAAACUCAGGGAUCUUCCCAAGACAAAUAUGUACCUGAGGUACCACCGACAAAGGUUGAGCCGGAAACUGAACAAAAGACUGAAGUUCCUUUCGAUGACAAGACAGAUGCUCCAGAAACUGAACAAAAGACUGAAGUUUCUUUCGAUCACAAGACAGAUGCUCCAGAAACUGAACAAAAGACUGAGACACCUUUGGAAGAUACCUUGGAAGAGAAACCAGAUAAAGAAGUGCACGAUAUCGAACAAAAGACUGAGGCUCCUCAAAUUGAAGAGAAGCUACACGAUGUAACUCCAACAGAAGAUAUUAAAACAGACAAAACUCCUACAGAUGAAAAACAAGAACUACCGGUUACUACCAGUAUACCUGAAAUGUACACAACCGAUUUGCCAGAGAGCACUAGUCAACAUGAUGAUCAGUACACAGCAACAACAGCACAAGGACAAAAAGAAGAUGACCAGAAAAUCGCCUUAUCUGAAUCUAGUUCUACUGAACACCCUACUUACAUUACUCCUGAUUCAGAAUCCGAUACAACAGAAAAAUCUCACUUGAUUGAUACACAAACCACAGCUUCAUUUGAAGAAAAGGAAUCUAAAACGACUACAGUUUUAUUACCCGAUGACGUUAAAGCAUCUGAAACUGUUAAACCUACUGAGCCAACCGAAGUAGACAGUACAACAGCUGGUGAUCAUAUUAAGGCCUCAGAAAGUACAGAAACAGGAUCUGAUGAAUCUCACAUGGUUACUACUAGUAAAUAUGAAAUACCAGAGACCACAUCAGUGAAUCCGAUAGAAAAUGAAAUUCAAGAAGAAAUCACACCAGAACAAUCUCCUGGAAUUAUACCUGGUGAAGGAAACUGUCUCGUCAAUGGAAUAACAUAUGGAAAUGACAGUAUGGUACCUAGCUUACACAAGUGUCAAGCGAAUUGUAGGUGUAUGAGUAGCAUAGUAAAAUGUGAUCCAAUCAUUUGCUCGGGUCCGCCAGAAAAUAUGUUGAAUUGUGAAUCCAUAUAUGACACUGUUGACACAUGCUGCCCUACUUACGUGUGUGAUAAUGGAAAGGAGACAAUCCCACCUCAGUCACAUAGUCAAAUGGCUGGAACGGAAAGCCCUACUACUCAAGACGUAUCUUGUGAAGGUGAACAGUGCAAGCCCCAACAAGAAUUGCCUUCCAAAAUUCCUUCUACCCCAGAUGUAUCUUGUGAUGGUGAAAAAUGCAAGCCAGAACAAGAAGUGCCUUCAGAUUCUAUCCCACAAUGCCUAUCAAGCGAUUGCUCAGAGUCAGACAAAAAAGAUUCCACACCUGUUUCGGAACCGGCUGCAACCAAACAACCAGAAGUUUGCUUGGAUGGCACGUGCAUUUCAUCAUCAGAAGACUGCAAAGGUGAUCACUGUCAAUUACCUGGAGGUAAGAAAGAUGACGAACCAUGCAAAGAUGGUAGUUGUGGCGUACCGGCGCAGAUACCCUGCGAAGGGACAAGCUGUACUUCUGAUUCAUCUCCUACAGACGGCGUUUCUGACUGUGGUAAUGAUGGAAGUUGUGUACAAACUGCAGACGCAUCUCCAACUUGUGAAGGAGAAUCCUGUUCUCAAGAGCCCACGGUACAGCCUAUUGAUGUUAUUAAGCCAGACAUGUCAUGUAGUGAUGCCGAAUGUAAGGAAGAACCCUCAAAAGAGCAAGUACCACAAUCCGAAUGUACCGAGGAAUCUUGUACAAAGAAAGAUGAAGCUGGACUUGGCAACAAGUUUGGCAGUGAAGGUGAGGCAAUCAAACCUGAACCAGAAUCAAAUGAUUUGUCAACCGAACCAGCUAUUUCUUCUAAUGCGCCCAUCACAGAGGCUCCAGUACCAUCUAUAAUAGAAGAAGAUGGCAGACAAACACAAUCUCCUAUUUCUGAGGAAGAUUCAAGCUCUAAGAUUCCUGAGGACUCAGUAACAGAAUCACAAAAACAAGAUGAUUUAAUCACUGAUUCUGAAAAACUUGAACCUGAAUCUGAUAAAAUGGAUGUUACGGAUGCACCUAUUAUAACCGAAAGUGAGAAGCCUGAUGAUGAUAAAUCAACAGAUGAAAUGAUGACCAAACCCGAUGCUUAUGAUAAUGUAGUGACAGUUGCACCUGCAGAGUUCUCUGAACAACCACCUACUGAUUUAACGGGAACAAAACUUGAUGAGGCAACUAUUGGUACAACAUUAGCCGCCAAUAUUGAGUCAGAAAAGGCCACGACAGAACCCACAUUUGCUAAAGAGACUCAACCUCAACAGUUUGAUAGUACAAGUCAAACUCCAUUAGAAAAGGAUCCAAAUGCACAAGAACAAACCCCAGCCCAAGAAGAUCAAACAACUGAGGCACAUGGUAUUAAGAAUGACGAACACCCAGUAGCAACAGUUGAACCAUCAAUUUCGGAAACCAGUGAACCUUCCGAAACUGUGGCACCUGUGCAAGACGAGAGGGCAACACCAAUUCCAGAUGUAGCUAUGUCAGAACAAGAGACCCCACAAUCACCUAUUACUGAAAAACAACCAGAGGCAACUAAACCAUCAAUUGAAAGUGCUACAGAAUCGAUUGAAAAAGCCACGGAGCUGCCAGAGUCUGCAUCAUCAGCAGAAGAUAUUCCUGAAUCUCCUGUCACAGAAUCUCUUGAAAAGGUUACAGAAGCGGCGAUACCAGUAGAGUCUGCAACAGAACAAGUGAAGCAAACCACAUAUGCUCCUAGUGAAGAACAACCAGAAUCAGCAACAAUUGCACCACAGUCACCAUCCUUUGAAGAAUCGCCAGCUACCGAGUCGAUCGAUGUAGUAACUAAAGCUACGGAAGUACCAACUGAUAAACCUACAUAUGUCACUGAAAGUGUAGAUAUGGAAACAAAGGUACCCGAAGAACCAGCCCAAGACGAACAGUCACCAGAAAUGCCCAGUGUCACAGUUUCCGAUGAAUCAGCAACUCAAUCUCCCAAAUCACCAGUUGGACAGGAGUCACCAGAUGUACCAGUUUUGGUUGAUGAGGUUCCUGUUACUGUAUCACAAGACCAGCCCGCUGAAGAAAUGGUACCAAGUGAAAAAACAACAGCGUCUCCUGUAUUGGGACAAGAAGUUCCAGAGGCGCCCGUCACUGAAUCUCAAUUACUAGAAACUGAGGCACCUGUGUUUGGAAACGAUGAUAAGAUGCCCGAAUCAUCUGUAUCCGAGGCUCAAGAAUCUGUGACGCAGGCUUCUGAAUCGCCAGUUACCGAGUCACAAGAUAAAAUAACAGAUGUACCAGAUUUAUCAGUUACUCGUAAAGUAAUGAAUGAAUUACCCAAAGUGGAAUCUCAAGAAAAGGUAACAGAUCUACCGGAACCUUCAGUCACAAUCAAAGAAAGUCCGAUUACUGAAAAAUCUGAAGCAGCCGAUAGCUCAGAAUCUUCUAUAACCGAGGAAAGUAUUCCUGUCAAAUCCGAUUCUGAAACGCAAGAAGCCACCGAAGCACCUAAACUACCAGUGACUGAUAAGAUGCCGGAAUUACCGGCUACAGAAUCACAAGAAAAGCCCACUGAGAUUCCUCAAGUUUCAGUCGCUGAAACAGAAUCAACAGAGUCUCCAAUGACAGAAUCCCAUGAAAUAACAACGAUAGCUUCAGAAAAGUCACCAGAACAAGAACAAGAAGUCGAAAAACCAGAUGCACCACUCGACUCCGAGAAGCAAGAAGAGUCCAAGGAGCCAGCGACCGAACAGGCGGAAAGGGCUACCGAAGCCACUGAACAGGCAGAAAAGGAGCCAGAGCUCACUACGGAAAAGCAUGAAAAGGUAACCAAAGCACCUGGAGACUCUGUAACAGAGUCUGAUGUCACAGAGUCACAAGAAAAGGUAACGGAAACUGCAGUUGAAGCUGAAGAAAAACCGGAUUCUCCUGAACAGACCACCGAUACUGCUGAAAUUGAUAAACAACCUGAAUCUGCUGUGACAGAAUCACAAGAACAGACAACUGCUGCUCAACCCAUGAGUGAAGAAUCUCCAGCUCCAUCUGUAACUGAACAACAAGGCAAAUCAACCGAGGCUCCAGAAUCAUCCGUAGAAUCUCAUGAUACAGACGCCCCUGUUCAGUCUCUAGUCACUGAACAGCAAGUAACGGCCACGGAGAGUCCAGAAACACCAAUCCAAACUUCUGAUGUGGAGCCACCAGUUACUGAAAAGCAAUAUACGGCCACUGAAGAACAUGACAAAGAAACUGAGGCACCAGAGGCUGUUACAGAAUCUGUUUCGGAACCCGCAGCCACCGAACAACAAGUGAAAGCAACCGAGGCGCCUAAACCACUUGAACCAGAACAACAAGAAAAGGCAACUGAGAUUCCAGAAACAUUAUUUGAACCUUCUGCCACUGAAAAGCAGGAAAUGGCUACAGAGGACUUGAUGCCAGUCAAACCAUCUUCUACAGAAUCUGAAAAGCCUUCUGAACAAGAUAAAGCAACGGAAGUCCCAGAAACAACAUUAGAGCCGGAACAACAUGAUAAGGAAACAGAGUCUCCUGAACUUUUUGCUACUGAAAAACAAGAGUCGGCGACAGAGGGAGUAGAAAUUACAGCCCAGUCAUCUGCUACUGAAUCAUCAGUGGCAACUUCUGCCACUGAGCCACAAGAGUUAGCAACAAUGGCCCCAGAAACACCAAUUAAACAUACUGACGCUGAAGAACAAGGUAUAUCAGAAACACCAAUUCAACCUGAACAAGAAAAAAAGGCAACAGACGUCUCUGUAUCACCAACUGAAUCUUCGGUUACCGAAAAAUUAGAUAAAGCAACAGAGGCCCCACAAAUGGCAAUUGAUUCUUCUGUCACUGAACAGGAAAGUAAGGCUACAGAAAUCCCAGAAACACCAGUGACAUCUGAACAACAAGAGAAGGCUACCGAGGCUCCAGAACCACCUGCUCUCACUGAAGAACAAGAAAAGGCAACUGAAGUACCCGAAACACCAACUGAAUCAUCUGCCACUGAACAACCAAAUAAGAUGACAGAAGCUCCAGAAACACCACUUAAAUCUGAAGAACAGGAGCAGGCAACGGAGGCUCCAGAAGGAACAUUUGAACCUUCCGCUCCUGAACAACAAGAAAAAGCAACUAUUGCGCCUGAAAUACCAGUUGACUCUGAACAACAAGAAAAGGCAACUAUUGCACCUGAAACACCAGUUAACUCUGAACAAGAAGAAAAAGCAACUAUUGCACCUGAAACCCCAGUUGACUCAGAACAACAAGAAAAGGCCACGGAACCUUCAGUAUCACCGAUGGCAUCUUCUUCAACUGAACCAGAAGAAAAGGCAACUGAGGCACCAGAAACACCACUUGGCCCAUCUGACACUGAAAAAGUUGACACUAUUACAGACGCCACUGAAAUACCAGUCCAGCCAUCAGCAACAGAAUCAUCAGCUGUGCCUUCCGCAACUGAACAACAAGACAUUGCAACUGUCGAACCAGAAACAACAUACGAACCUGAGCAACAUGGAAAGGUUACUGAGGCACCAGAAACUUCGGCUCAACCCAUCGCCACAGAACAACAAGACAAGGCUACCGAGGUGCCAGUAAUGAUGGAGCAUCCUUCUGCCACGGAAUCAUCUGAGCCCAUCGCUACUGAAAUAUCAGACAAGGCAACUGAGAUCCCAGAAAAAUCACAUGAAACUGAAGAACAAGAUAAGGUCACAGAACCUACCGAUUCAGAAUCAUCUGACAUGGCUACGGAAGCACCAUCAGUUAUUGUUGGAGUGAGUGAAGACACGGAAGACCAGCAAGACCAGGUUACUGAAAAACCAGCGAUGAUUGAAGAAACUGAAGGAGAAAAACACCCAGAAUUGCCAGUUUCAGAGCAAGAACCAGUUUCUUCAGCUACCGAACCACAAGAGAGAGCUACUGAUAAACCUGAAGCGCAGGAGAAGUUUACCGAAUAUCCUUCAUCUGUGUUGCCAGAGGAAGAAAAACCUGUCUCACCAGAAAAAGAACCAGAACCAGCAGGUCCUGAAGCAGUUGAACCUUCUGUUACUGAAUCAUCGGAAACGAUCGCGCCUACUGCUGAGUCUGAAUCGGAACCCGAGAGCCAGGAGUCUCCAGUUACCGAACCACAAGAACUAGUCACUGCAGUCCCAGAAGUUUCCAAGAUGCCAGAAACAUCAUCUGCUACCGAAUCAGAUACGAUAAGUGACGAGGAACCAAAGACACCUACACCGGAGCCGAAAUUAGAGUACUCAGAAACCACUCCCUACUUAAUUGAGCUCGAAGAACACACGCACAAAAUGGAGGACGAAAGCACGACAAGUAUCUUGGAUGACACAGCUACCUCGCAACCUCCUUCGCUAGACGAACAGGCUGAUGAGAAACCGUCAGACGCCACUGACAAGCCUCACGACGUCCUUGAAGCGGAACCCACCACCGCGGCACCAGCGUCCGAACAAGAACCUGCUUCUACCGCGGCUGGCAUGAUCGACUCCAAGUACGGAGAACCGGAGCAACAGCCUGAAAAAGAAGCGGAACCGACGGCUGCUCCUGAAAGUGAAAUGCCCGCUGAGACUGAAAGAUACCCAUCGGCGCCAAGCACGGACAAACCAUUUGAAAGCAGCUCGGAAGAACCCAGUGCACCUGAAGAUGAAAUUCAGUCAGCUCCGACCACGAAACAGCCAGAGCCACUGGCUACCGAAGCCACCACGACCACCACGACUGAAGCCCCGCGCCCGACGACGAGCAGCCACCAGGAGCCGCCGCUGCCCGAGGACGAGGCGCAGUUCCCGCCCAGCGGCGCCGGCUACGGCCAGGAGCCCGACUACGGCGACGACGACCAGGCCUUCGGCCCCGGCACGUGCCGCUACGGCGGCAAGGUGUACGUGUCGGCGCAGCAGAUCCCGCGCGACGACCCCUGUGACUUCUGCUUCUGCUUCCGGAGCGACAUCAUCUGCCUGCAGCAGAGCUGUCCACCGCCCAUCCACGGCUGCCACGAGGAGCCCAUCCAGGGCUUCUGCUGCCCGCGCUACGAGUGCCCCGUGUCCAUGGCGGCCACGCUCAACGUGACCACCACCAGCACCACCACCACCACCACGCUGCCGCCGCACUUCCUGCCCGGCGCCUACAAGGGGCAGGUGCAGCGCCGCGGCUGCCAGAUCAAGGGACACACCUACAAGGUCGGCGAGGUCGUCCGCGCUUCCUCGGGGCCCUGCUUACAUUGCACAUGCGGCGGCGACGGGCAGAUGAAGUGCGACCCCAAGGUGUGCACUCCGGAGCCCAUGCUGCGGCAGAUGAUCGCGGCCGCCGUGUCCGCGCGGCGCCGCAGGUGAAACGCCGACGACUCACCCACUCAUCGAAUGCCUCAUCGUCACAUGGACUAAGCGACCUGUGAGAUCCCAUCAAUAUUUAUAUUAUGCACAAGAAAAAUGCUCAAAUGUGAAAAUACCGACGGAAAAGGAGUAGCGUAAGAUUUCGUGUCAUAUAUGGUAACAUUACAUAUUACUUUUUACUUUUCAUAAUACGUCGCGGCACACACAACCCGAUUUAAAACAAACAACAUUGACUGUGAUUAAAAUAUUAAAUUUAACUUAUUUUCUAAAUCUGAUUUGUUAACAUUAUUCGAGUCUUUUGUCUUAAUCUUAAGACUAAUUUAUUGUUAUAUUUAUCUCUCUCUUAACGAACGUUAGUGCCAAACGAUAGUGCUAGGUUGUAAACAACUUUGCGUCUUAUGAUAAAGAUGAUUCAAAAUUAUUCAUAGUAUAAAAUGUACGCAUUUGUAAUGAAACGGCUCGGGCCCCGGUCCGGUCCUGUUAUAGAUCGCCGAAAUCUUGACCAUUUAUUGUGUAUGUACAAUUAUUGUUUUACCGAUAUAAGUUUAGUCAAUUUAUUUUUUACACGAUGUUACGAAGCGACCUAGUAUCGUGUAAAUAUAAAGUAUCUUAAGAAUCCUGAUGUUGUAAAUGCCUUACUUAUUUUGUAAUAAUUUAUCUAGUAUAGGUGUAUAGUACUUAAGCCAUGUUUUGAGACCAGUGAAUAUUAUAAUUUAGAAGUAAACGAAGCCCUUCAUGAUAAUUGAUCUAGAGUGAGAAGCGGCGGCCGACGCCCGCCCGUACAGCGCGCCUUGGCCGCCGCGUCUCUAGCGUCUCCGAGCGGCGCCGCGACACACCGCGACACACCGCGACACACCACGCGACCCGCGGCGCGGCGCGACAGAAAGUGACCACUCGCUUGUUUUCUGUCGCCCGCGCCGCUCCGCUCAUUACUGGCACAAUAGUGAUAAUAAAAGAUUUAUUAAUCGCCUUUUGUAAAGAACUUUUACAAUAUGACUCUAACAUAUUGUACGACUUUUGUAAGUUUUGAUACGAAAGUGCUGGUAGAGUUUUAAACGAAUCCCCAGACAUAGGUCGGUACGGAAGCGGCGGACUGUUGCGACCGCGGCGGUCUCUCGGCAGACCGGGCGGUCGCAUUAAUCCGUACCCACCUUGAUCUGCUAUGUAGGUUGUAGUUAUAUUUCGUCUUUAUUUAUUUAAAAUUGUAGAAAUAGUAAUUUGAUUUAAAUCGUGACGGAAAACAGCAUGACUGUACUUAUAUCAAAAUAAUUGUAGUCAAAAGUGCAACAAUUACAGUCCAAAGUUUUUUUUUUAUAUAAAAAAUCUCUAGAUAGGAAGUAUUUUAUAUCAAAACAUGUUUUAUUUUGGAGUCACCCAAAGUCAAUGAAAACAAUGUGUUAACUAGGUACAAAGUGGUUAUGUUUGUAAUGCAGUAGACCCGGAACGAUUUAUGAAAUAAAAUAUUCCAAAUGAUAAAACA